AUGGCGUUCGCAUUGCCGCAUCUUCUCUUCGCCAUUUUGGCCGUUUUUCAUUUGGGACCGGUGGCUGCAGCUGAAGGCGACAUCAACCUCUGCGGACAGUCUGACCACUGGAACUCGACUGAGGUCCCAUACUCUUUCAACAACAAUGCUUGGGGCAACGACAGCUCCGGCUACCAGUGCAUGGCCGUGCAUGAUGGCGGUCGCAGCUUCGAUGUCACCUACAAGUGGACAGGUGACGCUUCUCUUGUAAAAGGAUUCCCCUACAUGAAGGCGCACCCUUCGAGAUUGCCCGUACAGCUGUGGAAUGUCUCGCGACUUCAGUUUACCGCGGAAUGGCAGACGUAUGUGAAGGGCAAGGAGAGCGCCAGCGCCGAUGAGCAAGCCAAGGCAUUCGACGACAUCAGCCUCUACGCCAACGUUGCCGUAGAUAUGUUCCUGUCUGACAACAUCACCAACUCCACCGGCCUCAACGCGCCCUUUGAGAUUAUGAUUUGGCCGUGGUGGGUGCCGACGGUCAAGCCUUUGGGCUGGGCCGAGUCCACGCCCGACACGGAUACCGUCACCAUCGACGGCACCAAGUUCUCUCUGUACCACGGCUGGAAUGACGGCGGACAGCAUGUCUUCUCUUGGCUGUCGCGCACCAACCUGACCAAGACGGACGCCGAUUUCAGCCCGCUGUUGAAGUACAUCUGGAAGAAGGGUCUGCUUUCCGGAGCGCUCUACCUGGGCCAGCUGGAGUUCGGAUCAGAGAUCAAGCAUGCCGGAGAGGAGGUUCACUUUGAGGCCAAGAACUACAACCUGAGCAUCGUCAGACAAGGCGACCCGGAAGACAUCACGACCUCGACUUCGACGACUUCAUCGGCCAAGACAUCGAAGACGCCCACGCCGACGACAACCAUCCCCUCUGAGAUGCUAGUCUCCGCCACCUCAAGCACUCCGAGCAGCACCAACGCGGCUGCUCCGACGGGGGUCAUGAACAUCAUGCCCUGGUCGCUGGCACUUGCUGCUUACUUAUUAUAA